AUGGUCGAAUCAACUGCUGAUACUAGAUACGCUGUUUGCGUCCUCAACCCAGAUGGAGACUCAGGUGUUAAGGGAGUUGUCAAGUUUGUUCAAUAAGUUGGAGGAAAAGUCACAAUUCAGGCUACAAUCACCGGAUUAGCCCCAGGCAACCAUGGAUUCCAUAUUCACGAAUUCGGUAAUCUUACCAAUGGAUGUGUCACUGCUGGUCCCCAUUACAACCCAACUGGACAAACCCAUGCUGGUCCAGAUGAUGAAGUUAGACACGUUGGAGACCUCGGUAACAUCGUUGCAGAUGAUAGCGGAGUUGCUAAUUUUACUCUUGAGGAUCACCUCAUCCAUGUUUAUGGAGAUGUUAACAAUGUUGUUGGAAGAUCAGUUGUUGUUCACAAGAAUCAAGAUGAUCUUGGAAGAGGUGAUAAUGAGGAAUCACUGAAGACCGGAAAUGCUGGCGCUCGUCAAGCUUGCGGAGUCAUUGGUAUCUCAGGCCCACUUGAGCUCCAAAAACUCUGA